ACUGAAGAACCCCCCCCUAUAAAACACAGAUUUCUCGUCCUAUUUUUCAAUCUGACAUGCUUUCAACCACAAGAGAGCACUCUUCCCUUGGAUGAUCUCAAGAAAGCUGGAAAGAUACCAUGCAAGUUUUGCAAACUGAUUGAGAGCCAUUUCAGCUAGACCCAAGCAGCAGAAACAACAAAGGCUGCACUUGCAUUUCGGAUUUCAGGAGGAAAAGCCUUUGGCUAGUUUUUCAGAUGACAGGAGAUCCUUGGUUCCUGAGAGGGAGGAGUUCUGCCAAUACUUUGAAGAUCCCUGUAAACUUCGUAAAUUACCCAUCUUUUGGAGACAAUUAUAUCAAAAGAUGCCGUGGAUUACAAUACAUGAGAAGCGUUUAGAGCCUAGAAGAUUUUUUAUGUUUGGUGUUAAUUCUCUGGUCACACUUUCAAGCUAGGAGAAAAGGAAUACAGGAACCCUCUUAUUAUCUUUUGAAAUAUGAAGAUCAGAGGGAAAAGCUGGGUUUAAAAAAAAAAGUGUGGAUUGAUGAUCCUCAAGACCUGUCUAUAAAUUAGAUGGCAUUCUGCAUCUAUAAAAGACCCAGACUUAGAGCUGAUUCUCAGGCAUACAGUGGACUUCAUGGAUCAUUAGUUUUGCACUGAAAUCUGGAUAGAAGUUUAAGCUACAAAAAAUAAAAAAAAUAAAAAAAAAUAGAAAUAGGCUGUGGGACAGAAGACAAACACCAAUACAACUGUUUCUUCCACACAUGGAUUAAUACAAGCUUGGAAGCCAAAUCUGGGAACUGAUAUUGCACUAGUGAAAAUGGAUAGUAACAAAGAUGAUGGACUACUGAACAGAAUGUCACUCUCUGGAGCUCUGGCCAUGGGUAGCAGCCAUGUAACUCCACAUGGGUUACCAGUAAGAGAACCAUUUGGCGUUCCCUUCCAUUUCAGUCCAACAUAUUGGGACCAAGCCUAUUGCAGCCAUGCAGGUAGAUUUUCCUACAUGCCAUUCCCUGGAUAUGUAGGAGUCUAUGAUUAUUCUUUUGAGCCUGCCUUCAUUCGAAAGAGGAAUGAGAGAGAGAGGCAAAGGGUGCGCUGUGUGAAUGAGGGGUACGCACGCCUCCGAGACCAUCUUCCCAAGGAGCUUGCUGACAAGCGCCUCAGCAAAGUGGAGACCCUAAGAGCUGCAAUAAGUUACAUUAAACAUCUUCAGAGUUUGUUGGAUUGUCAGCCUUUAGGGACCAACACCAAAGAAAUUCUCUCUACUAAGACAACGAUGGAUACUUCCAGUGCUGGUUUAAGAAGGGAAUGCAACAGUGAUGGAGAGUCUAAAACUUCUUUAGCUUCAUCUCCAUACAGUGAGUUUGAGGAGACUUGCAGCUAGGAACCAUCAUCUUUGGAAGUAGACACUUUCAAGACUAAUCAAAAACUCUGUCACUAUCUCAAGCUGCAUGGUUUUUCAAAAUGGUCAAAAUAUAUCCCGGGAAAAAAAGAAGCAGACAGGGAAAAUAAAGGUAUCCUCAUUCUCUGGGAGGACUUUUCGGUAUUGUUGCAUUGCAUAUAACAUACAGGCUGUAAGGAAAUGACUCCACUGCAAUUGCCUGUGGUGUUACUGAUCAUGGGUUAGAUCACUGAAACUGAAACAGCUUUUAAAAUCUAAACGCUCUUCAUCUUUUAAGCUGUUUGUUAACAUUUUGUAUUUCACUCAGUGGGACAAUGAAAAUAGAUCAGUUUCAGAGUUUUUUCUCCCACCCUAUUAGUUGGUUUCUUGCCUAGUUUUCAUGCACUGCUAAAUUGAUGCAAGAUUUGGUUUACAAAUAAUAUAACUAAGUGAAAGGUCAAUUUUAGAUUAAAAUGUUUCACUGAAAAUGUUUAAUUCACAAAACCAUUUCUAUUAAGAUGAAGUUUCUGGAAAAGUUUUAAAAACUAGAACCAAUCUUUGGGUGUGAGACUAUUUGGCACUGCCUUUUUAAAUGCAAGUAGAUAAUUCAUAUUAAGCAUUUUUUGGAGCUGGAAAAAUGUGAAAGCAUAUGGGGCUUGUUUUAAAUAACCGUUUUCAGCAAAAGAGUCUGAAAUGUCCAUUGUAACCAAUAUUAGCAAUACUGGUAAAUGCAAAAUAAAGUUCUGUAAAAUUCUACAUAGAAAAAUAAAGUGCUGGGGUGAAAUUAUAGAUGAGCUGUCAACCUGCACAUCUCCAUUUAUACAAAUUACAUUUGCAGAUCUAUUGAUUGUGACACCUCUUUGAUGGUCAGAGGUGAAAACAUAGGCAUUUUAACGUAUGCUUACAACUAUUGCUUCUAAAAGGAACUAACUCCACUAAAAUAAUCACCUUAUGGUAGGUAGUUUUAAUUUGAACCAUUUCCACUUUUAAAAAAGUGAUCAUUUUUCCCCC